AUGUGCAACAGGGGAACGACUUAUAAUCGGUAUAUCGCACCCGGAUCAGCACAAUUUUCCAAAAAUAAAAACGAAGUGAAAUCCGGACAACAGAGGAAGUCUGAGAGUUCUAUAAAGCUCCACAGAAGUCUGUCUACCAUUUUACGCUAUCGUAUCAGCAGACAAGUCAUGAACUUGUUAGAUAGUGAAAUUAAGCUGCUCGGUAGAAGUCUGAGUUUCAAUUUAAACCCAGAACUGCUGAAGCCGAUUGACGUCAUGCCGGUAAUUGAGGAUAAGAUAAACUUAUUAACGCCAGAAGUUGUCAACAAAGCUGGUCUUCAGAUUGAAAGUGUUAUUAAAAGCCGAAGAUCACAUGUAGGUAAACUACUAUUCGAAGAACAAGCAGCCUUGAAAGCACACCUAUAUGAAAAGUCAAGUCAAAAGUUAACAGACCGGAUAUAG